GGAGAUAAUUACUGAGAAGUCACACUCUCACAGCCUCGGCUUUCUUGUGGUGUCCUUCAGCAAAACAGUGGAUUAAAUCUUCUCUCCUGAGCACAGAGCAACGCAGUCUGUCAGGAAAGAAAGAAAGAAAAAAACCCGACCCUGACAAAAAAGAAGAAAAAGAAGAAGAAAAACCAUGAAAACCACCCAGGCAAAAACGCACAAUUCUCUCUGCUGGGCAAUCUUCACGGGGCUGGCUGCGCUGUUUCUCUUUCAAGGAGUGCCGGUGCGCAGCGGAGAUGCCACCUUCCCCAAAGCUAUGGACAACGUGACAGUCCGGCAAGGGGAGAGCGCCACCCUCAGGUGCACAAUUGACAACCGAGUCACCCGGGUAGCCUGGCUGAAUCGUAGCACAAUUCUUUAUGCUGGGAAUGACAAAUGGUGUCUGGACCCCCGCGUGGUCUUGCUGAGCAACACUCAGACUCAGUAUAGCAUUGAGAUCCAAAAUGUAGACGUAUACGACGAGGGCCCUUACACUUGCUCUGUGCAGACGGACAACCACCCAAAGACCUCACGGGUCCACCUCAUCGUACAAGUAUCUCCCAAAAUUGUAGAGAUUUCUUCAGAUAUCUCCAUUAAUGAAGGAAAUAACAUCAGCCUCACCUGCAUAGCAACAGGUAGACCAGAGCCUACAGUUACCUGGAGACACAUCUCUCCCAAAGCUGUUGGCUUUGUGAGUGAGGAUGAAUACUUGGAAAUCCAAGGCAUCACUCGGGAGCAAUCAGGAGACUAUGAGUGCAGUGCCUCCAACGAUGUGUCCCCACCUGUGGUUCGCAGAGUGAAGGUCACUGUCAACUAUCCCCCAUACAUUUCAGAAGCUAAAGGCACAGGUGUCCCCCUGGGACAGAAGGGCACACUGCAGUGUGAAGCCUCGGCCGUCCCCUCAGCAGAAUUCCAGUGGUACAAGGAGGAUAAAAGACUGGUGGAAGGAAAGAAGGGGGUCAAAGUGGAGAACAGACCAUUUCUCUCAAAACUCAUCUUCUACAAUGUCUCUGAACAUGACUACGGGAACUACACUUGUGUGGCCUCAAAUAAGUUGGGUUACACGAAUGCCAGCAUUGCACUAUUUGAAGUGAAAACUACAGCCCUGCCCCCUUGGAAAGGCCCAGGCGCAGUCAGCGAGGUCAACAAUGGCACAUCACGGCGGGCCGGCUGCAUCUGGCUCUUACCUCUUCUGGUCUUGCACUUACUCCUAAAAUUUUGAUGUGAGUGUCACUCCCCCAGCUGGGGAAAAGCUGCCGCCACUGCAACCACCAACACAACACCGACACACGGCAACACCGACAGCAACAAGAGCAUCCCUGGUUAAUUAAGAUGUAAUCAACGCAAUUCAGAGAAACAAGCAUAAUGGGACAUCAAUUUGAGGGAGGGG